CCACAUCGUAUGUACAUAUGCGAGUUUGUGAAAUUUUCAGCAGGCGCCGCGACAUCGGGAACGGCAACGCAGAACUUUUAAGUUCAUUUAAGUGCUUAAAAUAUUAAAUUAAUAUAGAAACGAUGGCGUUGCGCGUACUUGGAGUUACGCAAAAUCUGCGCACGUAUAUGCGUGGCGUUGACCUCAUCAAGCGUUACAAAUCUGCUUUGACCGUAAAGAAGACGCUGUUGAACAUACCCGCCACGCAGGUGACCCAGCUGGACAAUGGCCUGCGCGUUGCUAGCGAAGACUCCGGCGCCUCCACCGCCACUGUUGGACUCUGGAUCGAUGCUGGCUCGCGGUCCGAGAACGACAGGAACAAUGGCGUUGCUCACUUCCUGGAGCACAUGGCCUUCAAGGGUACUGACAAACGCUCGCAAACCGAUCUGGAGCUCGAAGUUGAGAAUAUGGGCGCCCAUUUGAACGCGUACACAUCUCGCGAGCAGACUGUGUUUUACGCCAAGUGUUUGUCCAAGGAUGUGCCAAAGGCAGUUGAGAUUUUGGCCGACAUCAUUCAAAACUCCAAACUGGGUGAGUCUGAGAUCGCACGCGAACGCUCGGUCAUUCUACGUGAGAUGCAGGAGGUGGAGAGCAAUCUGCAGGAAGUGGUCUUCGAUCACUUGCACGCCACUGCCUAUCAGGGCACACCCUUGGGUCAGACCAUUCUUGGUCCCACCAAGAACAUUCAAUCGAUUGGCAAGUCCGAUUUAACCGACUACAUUCAAACGCACUACAAGGCAUCACGCAUUGUUUUGGCUGGCGCCGGAGGCGUUAAGCACAACGAGCUGGUUAAGUUGGCAGAACAGUCUCUGGGCCGCUUGGAGGCUAGCCUGUUGCCCGCUGAAGUGACACCCUGUCGCUUCACUGGCUCCGAGGUGCGCGUACGCGACGAUUCACUGCCAUUGGCUCAUGUCGCUAUCGCUGUCGAGGGCUGCGGCUGGACCGAUCAGGAUAACAUCCCACUGAUGGUGGCCAAUACUCUGGUUGGUGCCUGGGAUCGUUCUCAGGGCGGUGGCGCCAACAACGCUUCUAAUCUGGCACGCGCCAGUGCCGAGGACAACUUGUGCCACAGCUUCCAGUCGUUCAACACCUGCUACAAGGACACUGGCCUGUGGGGUAUCUACUUCGUUUGUGAUCCACUUCAGUGCGAGGACAUGCUUUUCAACGUGCAAACCGAAUGGAUGCGUCUGUGCACCAUGGUCACUGAGGCAGAGGUUGAGCGCGCCAAGAAUUUGUUGAAGACGAACAUGCUGUUGCAACUGGAUGGCACCACACCCAUCUGCGAGGACAUUGGACGCCAAAUACUGUGCUACAAUCGCCGCAUCCCAUUGCACGAGCUGGAGCAGCGCAUUGAUGCCGUCAGCGUGCAGAAUGUGCGCGAUGUGGGCAUGAAGUACAUCUAUGACAGAUGCCCCGCCGUCUCUGCCGUUGGACCUGUCGAGAAUCUACCCGACUACAACAGAAUUCGCUCAUCGAUGUACUGGCUGAGAGUGUAAGCGAUUCCCUGCCACCUUCACAGGACAUAUUGUUGCUAGCCGUGUAGUUGAAUUAAAUGAAAAAUUGAUGUAAAACAGUAAAAAACUAAAAUAAAAUACAAAACAAUUAAUACUACAUUUUGGAGCUCGAA